AUGCAAAUGCAAAUGUCAAAUAGUUUGCUUGCUGCAUCAUCAUCAUCACUUUCAUCAUCAAGUACAGCAAGUAGUGUUGAAAUUUAUACAGUUAUGGGAUUAUUUAAUAGUGGAAAAAGUGAAAAAGUUGAAAAAGUUGAAAAAUAUGAAGAACAUCAUGAAGCACCAGCAACAAAACCACGUCAUACUCGACCAUCAAAACAUCAUCGUCCAAAUAAAUAUGGAGCUAUUAUUCGACCAAUGCCUCAACCAUUACCAAUAAAUGGAAAUUAUUUUCAAGGAUCUAUUGCUUAUCCUCCAACUGUAUUUCCAAAUUUAACUCAAUAUAAAUAUGGAUAUCCAUCCAAUUUACAAUAUGAUUUAAGUAAAUUUACUCCAUCAUCAUAUCCUUAUAAUCCAUAUGCUGUUGCUCAAACAGCACCAAUUACUUUUCCUCCUAUGUGGAAUAAUGGUGUUUAUCAAUUUAAUGAUCGAUCACCUUUUCAACAACAACAACAACAACAACAACAACAACAGCAACAACAACAAGCAUUUAAUAAUUAUCAACAAAGUCCUUGGCCAUAUGCACCACCAUCCAAUUAUGGUUAUAUGCCACCUAUGAACUUUUGA